CCUUUUUUAACACUUAAAGGAAGCGAAGUAUACAAUAAUGUUUAGAUUCGAGUACUUUGUGUGUUUUCCCUAUGACGCGGUAAGCCCCGCGGUGACUAAUCUCGAUUAGUCUAUCUCGUUGUGUGCCGCGAUAUCAUGUUGAGUUCAGAUUCUGCAGAAGAGAUCUCAAGCGAGAUGUCACACGACCACGACCACUUUUUCGACCACUUCAAGAGCCGAGCGAUGAGCACGGGCACGCUCUUGCUGGCGCUAGCGCUUUUGGCGCUGCUGAUUGCGCUGGUGGCCUGCUGCUGCCGCCGGCGUAAGGCGCAGGGGCAGGUUCUAUCGCCCCCGCCGCCCGCGCCGCCAGGGCCCCUGCAAGCCGUGCAGGCGCCCUACCCACAGCAGCAAUACGCGCCUGCACCUUACCCUGUUGCUACAUCGUAUCCGACACAGUCGGCCGCACCAUAUCCGGCGGUCGCACCGUAUCCAGCGGCGGCGCCGUAUCCGGCGACCGCGGGCCCCAUGCCCGUGCCGGGCGGCGGCUACCCGGCGCCGUUCCCGGCCCCGUAUCCCAGCGCGACUCCGUACUCGGCAGCCCCGUUCUCGCAGCCGCUCCCCGACGCGCACUACCCGACCGCGCCUAGCGCGCCAGAGGCGCAUGCGUUCUUUGGCGUGCCGCCGCCGGGCUGGAUGCCGCCAGCGCUGCCGCCGUCGUACGAGCAGGCGACGGGAACCAAGAACCCUCCGUACCCCAUGCACUAAGCGGCGAUGCUACGCUCACUAUCGUCCUGUGUCGUCGCACCAGCGCCACCUAAAAAUACGUCCUCCAGUUUCAAGACCCUCCUUACAGGGAUUUUGUCUAGAACUUACUUAGUUUUCUAUCGUUUUUUUUUUUUCUAAUCUAGCUGAUUGAGUUAAAAUGUACCUGAAUAGGACCGUAGCUAGAAAAAGUUUGAUUUUAGAAUUACAGCACGCAGGUGCAGCGUGUUAUUAGGUAGCGUUAGGUAUUAGGGUGGUCCAACUUUGUAUGAAAAAAAAAGUAUAAUACAUUUUAUCUCCACAUGGUCGCUAUGAUUUUGACAUUUGCAAUAAUCUCAUACAAAUAAAAAAAUACGACUAGCAUAAUUUUAGUAUAAAGAGCUAUUAAAACAUGUCCAAAUAUAUAGAGGUACAAUAAGUAUAGUUAUGAAAUGGCAGAGCCGGCGGAUGACCGAACGAGAUGCUCAUAUGGAACUUUCAGUAGGAGUAAUAGAGAAAGCGCUAUGAUUGUUUGUCCUUGUCACAGUCUCAAUUGUUUUUUAUUCCCCACCGUUAAUUUUAGUAUGGCUUAUGGUGGGCAAUAAACAAUAAAUAACCCGGCCACAUUACGUAGGUUGUUUUUGGUAUGUUGUCAGGAAUGUUAAAACGUGUUUUUAAUUAGGCGCAUUGCGUAUAUUCUUUCCCUCACGGGCGCACGAAUAUAGCACAUCUAGCUGAUCCUACUAUCUAUGUCCAAAAAGAAUUAUUGAUGGGUCAAAUUAUUUUCAUGUUUGUACGGCAGAAUUGUUUUAUUGUGGAAAAGGAAUAUUUAUAAUUUUAUUUUUUGGGCCACCCUAUCAGGUAUUGAAGACCCCUAUCGCGCUUCAGUUGUGGUCUGCGGAAAGUGGCGAUUAUAUUGAUGAUCUGAAAUGCUGCAAAAUGUUAAUGUAGGAUGAAUUUUAAGAAUGGGAUUGGCUUAAUAGCUAUAAUAUAAUAGCUAUCUACAUUUGAAAGGCUGCUAAGCUACGAUCCUGCUAUGUACGUACCUAUUUUAUUUUCUUCAUGAUAUUGAGAUUCUAUUUUAUUAUGUAAUUAUUAUAUCUGAGUAUAUUGAACCUAAUGGUGGAUCUCCUAAUGCUCAACAGAAGUCUUGAAACCGGAGCUGCCGCUGAGAGCGCGGUACAACUGAACAAAUGUGAUUUUAUAAGAAUUAGUAAUCAAUGUUUAAUUAAGAAUUUAAUUUUAUAUUAUUUUAGUGUUUUACAUGAUUGUUGCUAUCGGCCCUUAUUUCGAACACAAAAACAGUUUGGCAAAGGUAUAGUCGAUGUUUAAGAUUAUGUUUACUGUUCUAUACCUUACCUUAUAGCCGACCGUACAUUUGAUGUACGGUACUAUUGAAAAGCGACUCAAGAAGUCAAGACUCAACUCUCAAGACUGAUUAGAGACGUAGAGUUUGACGCGAAAUAGUCCGCGUGUCUGUAAAGGUCGGCCUGUAGCAACGAACAUCGAGUCACAAACUCACAUGACUGCACACAGGGCCGCUUCUUUUCUUGUUUUAGUAUUUCUUCUAGAGGCGCGUAUAAACGAGCAACAUUUUCAAAGCUACCGUUGGUAUCUGUAAACGUCAGAGAUAUGACAGCUACCUUAGGCGAUGUUUAAUUGUAGCGCCUCUGAUGUUUGGAUGUCUUGGGUCUAAAGUUGUAUGUGGCAUUUAGGUUGAAGCGGCUCUGUGGAAACCCUUCCUAAACUGCCUCUAUUUAAAUUGAUUAUUGUUACAAGAGAUUAUUUCUUCUGACGUCACUGCUCAGAUUGACAUGUAUUUUGUCAAAUGGUAGGUUAUUGUAAAUAUGUUUUAUAAAUAGUCAAAAACAAUCUUUAUAUAUUAUUUGUGUUCUAGCUAGUAACGAGUCUGAGACAUACCUCCAAUAACUCAAAUAAGUCUACCAAUUUAAACUAGUCGAUGUAAACUGGACUCUGUGUCGACUCCAAUAACUCAAAUAUGCACCUAAGUAUAAAUUUCUAAUAUUCAUGUACCAUCACGUUCAGCGAUUGUUGCGCCAUUUAGGGUCCUAGCUAAAAUGGUUGUUUAAUACUUAUGCUAUGAAAUGUCCAAUUUAACUAGAACCCUAAAUGGCAUAACAAUAAUCACGGAGCGGACUGUAUAUUAUUUAUCUGUCAGUUAAAUAAGUAUGUAGGUAGGUCCUUCCUCAUAACUUGGUAACGAAAAUUUCUAAGCGCUCAUGUUUAAAUGAGUCAGUAUGCGCAGCGAGAGAAUGGCAAACUUAGAAGUUUAUCUAUUUAAAUAAUUUUUCACCGUGUAUACUGAAAUGAUCAAUUGCAUAAGUACUAGCUAUAAUAAUAUACUGGUGUGCAAUACUGUUCGCAACAAACUCCUUAUGAGGUUAGGCAGAGUUUGGUGACAUGUUCAGCUAAAUAUCAUUAUUUUUUUAAAACAAAAUUGACGUUUAGAUAAUGGUCAGAUAAAAGAAAAAUACGAAGAUACGUGAUUUCUAAUAUUCAUGUACCAUCACGUUCAGCGAUUGUUGCGCCAUUUAGCUAGCUACAUGUUCUUAUUAAAUUAUAUGCAAUAAUGUACCCGUUACAGUAAUUGUUCUGUGUACCUAUAUUAUAAUAUACGCAUAAAUGUUUUAAUACAUAAAAUAAAUGGUGAUUUAGAAGUUAUAUAAAUUUAUUUCCCCUGGAAUUAUAAUUAUUUGGCUUUAAGAUAGAAUAUUAAGGUGCAUUUUGUUAAUAAAAUAUUUGUCAACAAUGUAUGAAUGUUUUGUACCUACCAAAUAUAAUAAAUUGUUAAUUAUU